AUGUUAUGUUUUGAAAGUAACUUUGGAAGAUGCAUGAUAGUUGUGUGUUCUAGCUACAACAUCUACAUCUUUAUAACAAAAGCCUGCAAGGAAAUUCUCCAGGAGAGGUUAUCUCUGCAGGGAGGUGGUAAGGAUUAUGGUAGGAAUAUCUUUUUUAAAAGAAAAAAGAUUUACCUUUGGCUGUGCCGGGUCUUCCUUGCUGUGCUCCGGCUUUCUCUAGUUGUGGAGAACGGGGCGGGGGCGGGUUUACUGUCUAGUUGUGGGGCAAGGGUUUCUCACUGUGGUGAAUUCUUUUAUUGCAGAACAUGGUCUCUAGUGUGGGCGGGCUUGGUAGUUUCGGGUCAUGCGCCCUGGAGUGCUUGGGCUCAGCAGUUGUGGCACAUGGCUUAG